AUGUUUGGCGAGUUCAACGAUGUCGGCAUGAGUUUGAGGGAGGUCCCGGCUGUGUCAAAGAUUCUCCGCUGCAAAGGUUUGAAGAGCUUUGAGGUAGUCAAGGGCUCUCUCUUCCUCAUUGCGUCGUUGGAAGUGGUUGGCGAGUUCCCCUGUAAAGGCUUCGGGAUGUUGGCCACCUUUGUGCUAAAGUUCUUCCAAUUCACCCUUGAUGUCCGCAUCCCUAUGAUGAGAAUGCGUGAUGAAGGUCAGGGUAAACUUCUCGAUCUGGGAGGUUACAAUAGAGGGGAAUUGUGA